GCUCAACUAUGACAGUGUUUAUUGUUUUUUAUUUUUUUUGAACGGCAACCGCCGACAAGUUCAAGUAGAUGCCGUGCUCGCUGACAAGGUUGCGUCACAAGUAUAAUCACGAGAACCCAUGACAACCGUAAGCACCAGAAGACUCGGCGCGAGGCCUUGCGCCGCCUGCCCCACUAGAUCGCCAAGCUCGACGAUGUUUUGCGAAAAAAAAGCAGCUUCCACGGUAUUCCAUUUCCGACUGGGCAAGAUGAACGUCUGGGACUGGGUGGUGUUAUUUUUGUUCAGCGUGAAUAUCACCGUCCCCACUGCUUUCUUCGCGGUCGCGGCCUUGCAGCUCGGCCCACGUAGGGAGAGGCGUACAAGCGGGUCCAGUGAAGAUGGCGGCAACACACAAAGGCAAGUCGUUCACGGCCAGGAGAAAGAAGGUUCUUCAUCUACGGCUACUUCACGACCGGACUCUGGUACUUCUACACGAAUCCCUUCUUCCACUAGAAAAAUCAGCUUGAUCCAGCAGCGGAGAAAGCAGCCAGAGGAACAGGUAAAUCAGCAGCAAGUCGGCGCAGUGCCAUCAGCAAUGCAACAGCAACCCCAGGCGGCUGCUGCUGCAGUGGGAGGAAUAGGUACCACAGGAACAGCUACUCAAAUGGGAGUUGUAGCCCCUGCGACCAUUCAACAGUCCGCCGGUAUUGUGGAACAACAGCAGCAGCUCCCCUUCGGCGCGCAACAACUAUCAGGAGGAGCACAGCCCGCAACUUUGGGCAGUGGGAUCGGGCAGCAAGCACAGCAGGGACAACAACCUCUUCUUCAAGCUGGUGGCACAAACGCGAUGAAUGUCGCGGGUUCCGCCCAACAGCCGGCGCUACUGGGGGCUUCGAACAACGUUGGUCAACAACAACAGCCAAUUAUACAAAACAACGGGGGCGGGUGCACGGGUAGCAUGUGUGGAGAUGAUUCUUCGUCUUCUCAGCUAGGAACGCAGCAGCUACCGGCUUUUGCGCAAGGCUUAGCGAACCAGCAGGCGGGAACAAUCCUGCAGGCCUCGCAAACUGUGGGGGGAGCUACAGGAGCUUCUGGAACAACAAUGCUAACGGGCACCGCGCUAGGUGCAGCUGCCAACGCGUUAUUUGUGGUGAACGCGCCCCUGUCGGCCGUGGCGAUGGCGACUAUGCAGGCGGAAAUGAAGGCGCGCGUGGACGCCUGGUUUGCCGCAGAACAGGCACGGAACGACGUGACGGCGGCGCUGGUGCAGCAGGUCGAGGCACUGGGGAAAAUUGACUACAUGAUGACCGCGAAGUGCGGGGGCACCUACGAGGGCUGGAAGCCGGAAAACGACCACCAGGGAGGCGUCGGGCCGGUGGCGGAGAUUGGGUUUCCGGGGGCCUUAUCCUGUGCAAAAGUAUCGUACUCGUAUGUAGUGAGGUCAUAGUAAUUGCAGAUAUGCAUGACAAAUCUUCUUCCUAAGGUAAAACAGCAUUUUUACAAAUCCCACUUUUCUUCUUGCCAAAAUUUGUAAAUGCAAUUUAUACUAGCGCGUUACUUUUGCAAUGCAUAGGCCUGCAUGAACGACAAUGGCAACGGGUUUCGGCAGGCCUUCGGGUCUCUCGGCGGGCCGGCCAUGUUUAACGGGGAGACAAUCCCGAUGCCGCCGGCGGGCAACAUCGGACUGAUAUCACAGGAAAAAAGUGUAUACCGUUGUUACACAUUUGUUACAAUUACAGCAUCACAAAGUUGGGCGGCUGCAUAGCAAAUAAAACUUGUAAUGCGUAGACUCUAAGGGGAAACACCUAUGAAAUGGGGCUGGGAAGCUUUUGCUGCAUGACAGAGGUUGUCUGUCUUGCUGGUCUUGCAUCUGAGUGUGUAAGUGUAACACUUUUUUCUCACGAUAACUGACUUUUGACGUCGAGUACGCCUUCAUGCACGGGAUGUCGCUAUGCAAGAAAAAAACGUUGUUGGUGUAAAUUUGUGAUGCGCAACAUGCAAAUUGAUUGAGCCUGUCAUGCUGUGCCUGCAUUGUAGGGCCCAUUCAGCGGCGUUUUCCCGUACUAUCUGCGCAUGACAGGUUUGUGCUGUCAUGCGAGAGAUAUUUGUCAUGCUAAUCCUUCAAGAAAGUUACACCUACAAUCUUUUUUUCCUGGAUAGUCGCUGGGCAUCAUGCACUAUCUGCAUGGCGGCAACUAUAUCCUAGGCCCAGGCUAUGACAAGAAAUAUUAAAAGCUGUUUCUUCACUCGCAAAGCAUAGAGGUCUUGUGAUACAGAGAACGCAGUAGAAGCAGAGCAGAUGAUGUGCUUCUGUUGCUGCACAUGCAAGGCAAUGGAUUUGUUUUUGUAGGCGUUUAUUUGCCCCUUACUACCUAGGAACAAGCCCGCAUGGCAAAUCUUCUUCGUGGUCGUGCUGUAGUAGAACAAACUUGUGAUGCAAAACCUGCAAAAUCCUUGCUUACUCUCUCUUACUUUUUCAGUGAAACAGUUUUGUUUUCGUGGGAUACGAGCGCGCAGGUGUGGCACGAUCCGUAUGGAGGUCGGCUGUGGGAAUACAUGCCAGGUAUAAGAAAGUAGUUGUAGUACUUAAGUUCAUUUACAUGCAUGCACAACCAAGACGAACACCUGCUACCAUGAAACCACAACCAGAUGCUCGUGGUAGAUUAACUUUUAUGAAGACACAAAUCUAAUAGAUUUACCGCCGUUACAGUACUUAUGUUUACCCCCCACCAGGUGAAGAUCCGAUUAUUGGUACUGUCCUUGCCGCCGCCUACGCGAUCGGGCCGAAGCUGCACAACGUGGGAUGCACCUGGAAGCAUUACGUGUGCCAGGACGAGGAGUCGAACCGUUUCAGCAACAACGUGCAGGUUCCCAAGGAGGGCUUCUUCGACAUUUACUGGAAGCCUUUCGUCGGCGGGAUCUCGGUGGGUGGCCAGAGCGUGAUGUGCGGGUACAGUUGGAUCUGGGGCAAGUCACAGUGCGUGUCGGACGAGGCGCUGGGCGCGCUGCACGAGGUGACAGACCGAAUGUUCAUCGUCUCGGACUGGGGCGUAUCCUGUGCAAAAGUAUCGGAGUCGUGGUAAUUGCAGUCGUGCGUUACAAAUCUUUUUCUCAAGGCAAAUCCGCAUGACAAAUGCCAUAAUUUCUGAUGCUAAGGAAAUUUGUAAUGCAUUUAUACGAGUGCGAUACUUUUGUAACUCAUAGGGCGCCACGGGGAACAGCCAGAACUUUGUCAACUGGAUGGGGCAAAAGUACGAGGGGGACAACGACGCCCGGAAAUACACGGCGGCCGGCCUGGACGCGGAGCAGCCCACUGCGAUGGCGGUGAAUCAGGGAAAUAUCGGCGCCGCGGCGAUUGAGGACAAGCGGCGGUCCGUCCACCGGAUUCUGGCGUCCGUGCAGGAUAUCGGGUACGGCGAAUUUAUAUCCUGUGCAAAAGUAUCGUACUCGCAUUGCAGUCCUGCAUUACAAAUCUUUUUCUUAAGGUAAAUCCGCUUUACAAAUUUCAUUAUCAUUUCUCAUGCUGAGGAAAUUUCCAAUGCAUUUUUCAUACGAGUGCGAUACUUUUGCAAUGCAUAAUUCAAGCCGAUCGACAUUGGUCACCGUGUGUCCGUCGGCGACGCCGAGGCGCAGAAGUACGGCGGUAAGCUAUUCUGAGUAAAAACAACAUCCCCACCCAAGAGUUGUCAUGCAAAUCUGCAUGCCAAAAGAGUUUCUCGUGCGAAGCCCCAUGGGAAGCUUUGUGUAGUCGUGUUUUGGGAUUUGUGAUGCUAGAAACAGCAUGAUAUGCUAGAUCUGUGAUGCUGCUGAACUACUAGCUAAACAGAAUUACACUACGAGAACAAACUUGUCAUCAUGCGAAACAACCAAAGUUGGCCGAUUUGUCUAGCAGAUUCUCCAUGUUGACUCUGGUAUGGGGACGUUUUUACUCAGGAUACAAGCAGAAAAUCUUGGACGAAUCCAAAAGUGUGGCCAUCGCGCUGGCGGCGGAGGCGAUGGUGUUGUUGAAAAACGAGGGCAACCUGCUGCCGCUCAAGCAGCCGGCGCUGCGCAAAAUCGUGAACUGUGACAUCGACCCGCGGCAGGGGAUCACGAGGUUCCUCGGUGGUCUGCCCAUGAACGGGAACGACUUUGGGAGCGGCGAGAUCUGGUAUCAAAUGCAAAUAUGUCUGGGUGGUCUGGAAACUUGUGAUGCUAAAAUGUGGAUGAUGGAAACAGUUUCGAAUGCAACCCAGCAUGACAACUUUUCAGAGCGCUACUCUCAUAGGAAAUCCGCGUGAGAAACUUGCAUCCACAAAAGAGGCUGGCACUUUUGCUGCUUAUGCAAUACAGAUCUUCUAGGUAUGGAAAGCUAGCAGUACAAGUUCCAAUCUUCCAGACCCCGACAUAUUUGCAAUCCAUAUCUGGCAGGAGAUCCCGAAAGUCAGCGACGGUCUGAAAUCGGCCGGCAUCACGGUGGGUGCGGGCGAGGCGUCCCUCGUCUGUUUAGACGAGCGGUCGGCGGAAGGGCGGCAGAGGGCCAACAUUGACAUCAAUUGGAAGGACGGGGGCGAGGGAAAGCUGAUUGUGUUCAUCGGAUGUCCUAUCAGGGUGCACAACUCCUCCUCCCCCUCAUUUGUAUUUUUGCAUGACCAGCAAUACAAACACCAGCACAGCUGCACGUGGAGCCUGUGCAUGACAGAUUCAUGCGCGGCCUCGUGUAGUACUGUCCUCUGGGCUGCCGGAUGAAUCUGUCAUGCGUAAGAGUGACGCGAGGGAGCAGGAGCUGCAAUUGGAUUUGGGAUUUUGCAUGAGAAAUGAGAACGAGGGGGAGUUCUUGCGCACUUUCAUAUGUCCCGGGCAGGUGCGGAUCAGCCAGUGGCUGGACCGCGCGGCGGUCGUGAUCGCGACGGUCUACUCGGGAUACGGGGUGGGCCCGGGGAUCGCACAGGUCUUACUGGGAAAGCACAACCCGCACGCGCACCUAUCGUUCUCCAUCGUGCGGGAUGGCGGGCAGAUUCGCGGCGCCGCCGAGAAUUACGCGGAAACCGACGGACCCAGGGGGGAUUUGGUUGGGUACCGGCGACUGCAGAAGGACAAAAACGCAGCGGACUUCGAGUUCGGUGCUGGGCUGUGCUUUGAAGGCUGGGAAAACUUCGCCGUGACCGUGGUGGAGCACAACCUAUCGCUCCGCCGCCUGAGCUUCUGCGUCACGAACAACAACAAUGCCAAGGCCGCGGACGAAUUGCCCACGGCAACGGUGCAGUUUUAUGCGCAACAGGGGGAUCGGCCGUACAAGGAACUGCUUGCGUUCAGGAAAGUAAAAUACAUUGCGCCGGGCGAGAUGAAGUGCUCCUUCGUCUUCUACGACCCCGUGGCCGGGUGGGAUGACGGGCAGAAAAAAUUUGUGCCGAUGAAGUUCAACUUGUUCGUUUCGCUGGACGGCUACACCAAUGCGGUGCCAGUGGACAAAGCGUUGGACACAGGAUCGGCGAUCGCGGACGCUUUCGACCGGAAGGGGUAUUGAUGUCUUUUUGUAUUAAGCACGAAAAUCUUUUUCUGUUCUGUUGCAGUAGUUGCAGUUCAUGCCUGAUAUGGGGUCGCCAACGUUGUAUUUGCCUCAGACCGUAAAAAAAUUUCUGCGCUCAUUUUUUCGCCGCGCAAAGCUAGUAAACCUGUGCACGCUAGUGAGGGGCUGACUUGAACGCGGUUGGUUUUACCGAGCUUGUCAGCAGCAGUGCUCUAGUAGGUAAGUGAGCAUUGACGCGAAGGGGGGCGGGGCGCUGGGGGUUCUUCUGUGGCUGAUGUUUUCACCUAGAAAACGCCAGGCGCGCGCAAUAUUUUGCUCCGUUUUCCGGAUUGCUCUCUCCGUGCAGCUAUUUGCCGCUAUGGCCUGGGUCAGCGUGUGAGGCUGGAAACGCCCCGCGAGAUGUCUACACAGGCCCUGGCCUCGUCGUCUCCAGCGGGCACCACGCACAUAUGUUGCCCGCGAAGGCCUUUCCGGAGCCCUUCCAAAAAGGGGGAGCCGGAGGGGAGCGCGGAACCCUAAAAAAAAGCCUAUUGCUUUUUCUUCGAAUCACGAUGGUGCUACCCCUCCCCAAAAGGGGUCCCGGAACCCCUCUGGGAACCCUUCCCGAAAGGCUCUCGGGCUUUUCGCAUUUUAACGAAAAAGCCGCAAAGGCAAAAAGCGCGCGCGCCUGCCGGUACACGCGCGCACAGCUGCGCGACAUUAGAAACAAGGGGAGGCGCAGCCGUGGCCGGUUCCGUUUGCGCCCUCGGCUCCGACCGAGUUGCACAGAUUGAGGCCCAUUGUCUAGCGGCUGGACUGCAAGAGGACCUGCUGCAGCACCUCCAGGCUGCAGGGGCGCUCCGAGGCAAGUCCGUGGAGCAGCAGCGCCGUAUAGCUCCGUCUUUAGCCACUGAGAAGCGCUGCGAAUAAGCUACCUAGUUCAUUAGGUGUGCAACAUAGUGGGGGGCUCUACGUGUGCAACGUGAUGGAUAUCAAAUACAAAAAAAGGCGCGCGGAAAAUUUUUUACAGCUUGAGGCAAAUACAAGUUUGACGACGCCAUACCUGAUGGCCUGUAUUUACUUAUCUCGCAUAUAAUACUUAAAUUCAUCUGCACGACUUCUGGAGGCUCAGGAUGUUCUUGACAUGCACAUGACUCCAGGUACUGGCGCUACCUACGUGAACGAUACAUGUACAACGCCAUUCAAAUCGGCGCCCCAGCUGACGACGAGAUUGCGCAGCACAUGCCCUUUGCGCAACCCUGGGCCGCGUGGUGGCAGGAAUGGGUGCAGCUGGGCCAAGGAGCGCUGGGUCAGGACUUGGCAUCAAAUUCCUUGGUGUCCGGGGGUGCGCCUACGACUUUAAGCGGCCGAUGAUUUUUUUUCUUUCAAGAAGCUUCAGCACACCUUUUUCACGAGACAUUUUCACGGAAUUAUCUUUCACAUUCGUCGUGCAGAUUAAAUUUUCACAUUCUACUUACCUUCACAUUCUUGUUCACAUGUUCGUGUAUGACCUAAGUUCAGGGAACGUUUGCGGCUCUCGCUUUUUCUGUAAGAUGAAAUUUUCAUAAAACAAGUGCCAUUUUGAAGUCGACGAUGAAGCUGCUCAAAGCUUUUCUCGCACAGCAUGCCACUUGAUGUUGAUCAUGUUUGUACAAUAAUUGAAGUUGUUGAUCCUACAGCUACAUGUACGCAUUUUUGCCUUUGCCUAUUUUGGAUGGUGAGAAGAGAAUCCUCAGACAACAUGAUGAUAUUGAUGUGGGCUUUAUA